AUGUCAGCAUUUCUUAAUGACUCCUUUAUGGGUCGUAUAAUCUACCAUUUGUCAGGAAGAAAAUUAUUUUUACAUAAUGAUGAAAAACCUGGUUACGUAAUACCUGAAAAAUAUUUAUUACGCACCGACGGAGCAAAUGAAAUCAACGAGAAAACAACAAAAGAAAACGAAGAUACUCAAGUAAAUACAACUACAAAUACAAAUAAGAUAAAUGAUAGUUCAGAAUCAAGUGAUUUAAAUCAAGUUAAAAGUAAUAAAUCUUCAGAUUCUACUGUUGGAACAAUUAAUUCACCAAUUGAAAAAGAUAAAGAUCAAGUGGAUGAAACAAAACCUAAAAAUGAUUAUAUAAUAGUUACUUGGGAUGGAGAUGAUGACCCAGAAAAUCCAUUAAAUCGGCCGCUAUUUUGGAAAUCAAUAAUGGCUUUUCAAAUUGCAUUUAUGACUACUUCAGUAUAUAUGGGAUCAGCAAUUUAUACUCCUGGUAUAAUUGAUAUAAUGGAAAAAUUUAAUAUUGGACAAGUCGUUGCUACAUUACCAUUAACUUUAUUUGUUGUUGGUUAUGGUAUAGGUCCAAUAAUUUUCAGUCCAUUAUCAGAAGAUAUUAGAAUUGGUAGAACUCCAUUAUAUAUUAUUACAAUUUUCAUUUUUUGUAUGAUGCAAAUUCCAACUGCUUUAUCACAAAAUAUAGCAGGAUUAUGUAUAUUGAGAUUCAUUGCUGGGUUCUUUGCUUCUCCUUGCCUCCUGACUGGAGGCGCCAGUGUUUCUGAUUUUAUUUCGUUACCCUAUAUAGUCAUCGGUUUAGCUACAUGGUCAUUAGGUGCAGUUUGUGGUCCAUCUUUAGGACCAUUGAUUGGUGCAGUAUUAGUGGUUAGAGGUGGUCAUAAUGGAUAUGAAAGUUGGAGGUGGACAUUUUGGUUUAUGGCAUUACUUUCAUCAUGUUUUAUUAUAUUGGCUUUCACUUUACCAGAAACUUACAGUAAAAAGUUAUUAAGAAAUAAAGCAAUUAGAUUAAGAAGAUUAACUGGAAAUAACAUGAUUAGAUCAGAGGGAGAAUUAGAACUUAAAGAAGCCAAUCACACCUUGAGACAAUUAUUAACUAAAUUGUUUUGGAGACCAUUUAAAAUUACAUUUACUGAACCAGUUGUUUUAUUAAUUGAUAUUUAUAUUGCUUUAGUUUACAGUAUCAUGUACAUGUUUUUUGAAGCUGUUCCAAUUGUUUUUCAAGAGACUAAGCAUUUUGCUUUGAUUCCUAUGGGUUGUGCUUAUUUAAGUGUGGUUAUUGGUAUUGUUAUUGGUGCUGGAUUUUAUAUUCCAUUAAUUUAUAAAAUAUUCACAGUUAAAGUGUUAGGUGGUCAAAUGGUUUAUCCAGAAGUAUUCAUCCCGCCAGCUAUAUUUGGUUCUUGCUUGAUGCCGGUUGGAUUAUUUAUUUUUGCUUGGACAUCAUCACCAGAUAUUCAUUGGUUCCCACCGUUAAUUGGUUUGGCUUUUUUUGCUGCUGGAGCUUUUUUUAUAUUUCAAACUUUGUUCAAUUACAUGGCUGCGAGCUUCAAAGUUGAGUUUCUUGCAAGUGUAUUUUCAAGUAAUAAUUUAUUCAGGCUGACAGUUGCUGCGUCUAUGCCUUUGUAUCUGCGCCAGAUGUUCAACAAUUUGGGCUCAGAGAGGUUCCCAGUAGGGUGGGGUACUUCGUUGUUAUCAUUUAUUUGUGUUGCAAUGAUAUCAAUUCCUGUCUUGUUUUAUUUGAAUGGUACAAAAUUGAGAGCUAGAUCACAGUAUGCUUACUAA